CCUUCAAUUAUUUCUUACAAUAAUAUUAGCUUUAAUACCUCCAUCAACUUCCUCCUCUCUCAUUCGCAGCCAAUCUGCCAUGAUUUUUAUGCUGCAGCUCUCCUCCAUGACUUUGUUUUCGAGGCGCAGCAAUUGUCAUGGAGCCAAUAUGGCACAAUCAACCCGUUUCUCAAGUUGGAGUACAAGAGGACCAUCGAUACCGUACCAAUACUCCCUUUGCAAAAGAAAUAUUAUUAAUUCUGAAAUAAAAAACUUCAAUGGAAGAAGGUUUAAGAGAGAGAGGGUGAAAGAGAGAAAUGAGUUGGGCCGGUUCCUAUCGGAUGACCCAUCCCAACUACAAAAUACGGCUAAUUGGUAUGCCCAAUCCAACUGCCUAAUCUAACGCUCCUCCUGUCAUCGGAAUCUCUGCUAACCUGCCUUUACCAAAAUCAAAUCCUUCCCUUUCUUUCGCGCAAUAACGCUUCAGUACUGAUUGUUACUGUUACCAAGAUUUCCCGGGAAGAAACUGACGUUAACCAAAUGCUGUUAAAAAUCUCACUUAAAAAUAAAAACUACGAAUGUAUUUAAAAAACACUUUUAACGUUUUCCGUCACCAAAAAGGAAACCAAAAGAGAAAAUCUUCCCCCAAGCAAUAACUUGUCUUCAACCUCUCGUUCAUUCGCCAUUGAUUAUCAAUAGUUAUCUAUGGACGAUCCCACGUUAAGCAAUCAACGUAACCAAUCUACUCGGUCAACUCCUCGUCUCAACCUCCCGUCGAGAAUGUCCGACUAUUCCCUCCAUCUCGAAAACCUUCCGGCUUGGACAAUGCACAUCAACCGUAUGAUCAACUCCAACUACAACCGCUCUCCGUCGCGCACAAUAUUCUCCGAUAGGUUCAUCCCCAGCAGAUCUGGCUCUAAUUUCGCCCUAUUCGACAUCUCAAAUUCUCCCACGUCAGCCGAAGGAAAAGAAGACGGUCCCGGUACUUAUAACAGCCUUUUACGCGCCGCACUGUUCGGGCCCAAUACGCCGGACAAGAAGGACCCAUCGGGCCUACCGGCCUUUCGGAACAUUUUCCGGUACAAAACUGAAACUAAACGGUCAUUACAUUCGCUGUCACCUUUCGGGCUCGACGAGUCGGUCCACGGGAUUAGCCAUAGCCCCGUUAAAGCUCCCAGGAAAGUUCCCAGGUCACCUUACAAGGUUUUGGAUGCACCUGCAUUGCAAGAUGAUUUUUAUUUGAAUUUGGUGGAUUGGUCUUCGAAUAAUGUGUUGGCGGUGGGGUUGGGGAACUGUGUUUAUUUGUGGAAUGCUUGUAGUAGUAAGGUUACAAAGUUGUGUGAUUUGGGCAUUGAUAAUAGUGUAUGUUCAGUUGGUUGGGCUCAACGCGGAACUCAUCUUGCUGUUGGGACUACCAACGGCAAAGUUCAGAUUUGGGAUGCAUCUCGCUGCCUGAGGGUAAGAACAAUGGAGGGGCAUUGUUUACGUGUUGGGGCCUUAGCUUGGAGCUCUUCUUUAUUAACUUCUGGUAGUCGUGAUAAGAGCAUUCUUCAAAGAGAUAUACGUGCUCAGGUUGAUUUUGUUAGUAAACUCUCUGGACACAAGUCAGAGGUUUGUGGACUGAAGUGGUCUUAUGAUAACCGUGAACUAGCAUCAGGCGGGAAUGACAACAAACUUUUUGUUUGGAAUCAACAUUCCACUCAACCUUUCCUGAAAUACUGUGAGCAUACCGCUGCUGUAAAAGCAAUUGCAUGGUCUCCCCAUCUGUAUGGGCUACUUGCAUCUGGAGGUGGUACAGCUGAUCAAUGUAUUCGAUUCUGGAAUACAACCACUAACACACACUUGAGUUGCAUGCACACUGGCAGUCAGGUAUGCAAUCUUGUGUGGUCUAAGAAUGUCAAUGAACUCGUCAGCACUCAUGGAUACUCCCAAAACCAGAUAAUUGUUUGGAGAUACCCUACAAUGUCAAAGUUGGCUACUCUUACGGGCCACACAUACAGAGUUCUUUAUCUUGCAAUCUCACCUGAUGGACAGACGAUAGUUACUGGAGCUGGAGAUGAGACGCUAAGGUUUUGGAAUGUGUUCCCUUCCCCUAAAUCUCAGGUAAUGACACUUGGAUUCCAGGCUAUCUGGACUGGAUAUCUUUAUCUUUUCCACAAAUUGUAUAGUCUUACUUUUUUUCUGAUCAUUUUAGUUUGACAUUGGUUUUAUGUCAAUCUAACUUUUUUCUUGAUACCCAUUCUCUGGAUUUUCCCUCCAGUAUAUAAAUUUACUACUAUUUAUUUGUUGGGAGUUUAAAUAGUUUCAUGUUGAGGAAAGUGAAGUAUAGUACUACUUUUUUUGGUCAAAAAGCUAGUUCCUAUUGAGUACUGUUGAAUGCUUAGUUUCAGUGAAAAGACAUUGCUGCAUCAUUCUGUGGUUUGCCUCCAACUAUUGCAUCAAGUUCUUUCAAGAUUCUCUUCUUUCUGGUUUCUAUACAACUGUCUGCCAAGCAUAGGUCUAUAAAACAACUCAUUUCUUUUUGGGCAUGAUCUUUAAUGCAGAACACUGAUACCGAUAUAGGAGCAUCAUCUUUUGGAAGAACAACAAUUCGGUGAGUCCAUGAAGAGAAUAUGCUGCUGUAAGCAUUCUCGUCCUUUGAAUUAUCAGACUUCAACAAGAAAAUACGCUCUUUGAGCAUUCUCAUGCUCUGAAUUAUCAAAUUUGUUGCGUGAACCAAACCACAACGUUGUAAAAAAAAAAAAAAUUGCAGCAGGUGCAAGAGCUAAGAUAUUGCUAGUUUCUUGCAAAUCAUUGAUUUUGAGGCCCAAUUUUCCUUUUGCUUUGAAAUAGAUUUGAUUGAUAUAUAGCGGGAGGUGCUAUCAGUUGUUCGUGGCUACUCCCUUCCCUUCCAUUGUAUAUUAAAGAAGUCCGAGAGGUCCUAGAACUUAUUGUACCACGUUUAUUUCUGUGUUUGUAAAUAAAUGGCCAAGUGUCAAAAAAAUCUUUGAACUGUAAUUAAAAAUUUUAUUUAAAUA